AUAUCUUCGCCCUAUUCUGUGUUGCCGUCCGCGACCGGCACCUAUUCUACCAGCCCACGAGGGCGCGCCCACACCGUCGCCGACCCGAACCUGAUCCAAAGGCAACCCGCCUACCUCCAAAGCGCCGCCAUGCAUCCCUACCUCCCGCCCCCUCCGCCACAGCCAACAUCAACCCCUGGCUCCCACGCCGUCAAUCUGCCCCCUCCACCCCCGAGGCCGGCGAACAACCUCACCAGCAUCAACAUCCCUCCCCCGCCUGGCACCUAUGGCUGGGGCGCACCGCCUCGCCCAUAUCUCAGCAAUACGCUCGCCAAUACCCAGCCCCCAGGCUACAAUCCGAGCCUCUAUCAGAGCUAUGGCGGGAACCUACCUCCGCCUCCUCCCAGCGCCCCUCCGCCACAGCAGACCCAGCAAGAUGCGCAGCCUUUGACCUCUGCUACCUACAUCCCAGACGGCAAAUCUUUUGGCCCCGGCGUGGGCAUCCCUCCCCUUCAUACCUCCCGACAGUACCCAGACGGCGCUUACUUCAGGGACGACGCGCAGACCUACUCUGCGAGUACCGAAGCCUCCACGUCCGGUUUCCCUACCCCACAGGAGAAUGGCCAAUAUGGCGCAGCUUCGGGCUACAGCGUCCCCCAAACCCCAGCCGGCCGCGCACAUCUAAACAUUCCCACCGACCGAGCCCAGAGCUACGAUUCCCCGGGCCCACCAACCGCGACCCUGCAGAAUCCAAACCCUCUUAGCCAUGGCAGUGUCUACCACCGCGCCGACAGCGCCGGGACUACCCCGAUAUCGCCCCAUGACGCCGCGCUUCAAUGGCCCCCUGAGGUGGUGCAGAUGUGGCUCGCCAAGAAUGGAUUCUCAAGGGACUGGCAAGAGACGUUCAAGACGCUUGACUUGUACGGCUCCAGGUUCCUCGAGAUUGGCCGUGGCGUGGGUGGGAAGGGUAACGUCGCCAUGAUGCAUCAGGUCAUCUUCCCUCAGCUAGCGAAGCAAUGCACCGCAAGCGGUGUGGGCUGGGAUCAAGCACGCGAGAGAGACGAGGGCCGAAAACUGCGGAGGCUAGUGCGUGCCAUCGUCGACGCUGGGAGCUCCGGCCCGGCCCGCGUGCCGCAACGCGCCGAUACAGGCCUGACAUUGACGAGUGCAGGGACCGAAGGCACCAUGGAGAACUCUCCCUAUAUGAGUACCCGCAUGGAUUUCGGUUCGACCCCCACAACGGCUGGAGGCGGCGAGGACAGCCCCGGACUGCAUGUGCUCAACUCGCCGGGCUCCAGCACGGCACCGCGACGAAGGUCGACCCAACGCAAUUUCACGGUGCCUGGCCUUGGGCCCCCGCCCGAAUACACCGAGACUGCAACAGGCAGAAGCCCCUUCUCCAAGGAAGUGCUACGGGAUCUGGACUCCAAGACCAAAAAGCACAGCCCGAGCGCUUCGAGCGAGUUUGGCCCCUCAUCCUUUGGCAAUUAUCGUGAGCAAAUGAAACAUGCAAGCCCCCAACACAGUCCUGGGCUCCAGGCUGCACGCUUAGCGACCAACGGGAACCAGCUCAGCGCCGCCAUGGGUUCGUCAACGCAGCGGUACAGCUCUCACAACCGGGGCAAUAGCUCCGAGUCCAACCUGUCCACUUUUGCUGCCGUGGGCUCCGGGCCACCCUCGGGUAGAUCCUUUGACGGGAGGUCCGAAAGUCGGAAUGACAACAGGAGGAAUGGCUAUGACGGUUCACGGCCGGGGACUAGCAUGUCAAGACAUGAUAGUGCCGAGAUUCCCACCAGCGGGAAGGAGCCGCACAAGGGAUUUCUUGGAUUCCUUCGCCGCGACAAGAAGAAGGAGGAUUCCCCAGAUGAUACCAGCAUGGAGUCCCCUACAAGCCCUGCGCAUCCGCGACAUCAUGGGCUCUUUGGCAAGUCUGGUAUGAACUCGAGCGAGACCUCGCUCAAUGACCGGCCCGCUUCCCGACGUUCUGGACAGACGGAUUCAGAGACGCGGUCCACUGCGCGAGGGAAAGGACAUGCAAAGGAUAGCGAUCGCAAGUUCGCUUUCGUUACUCCGGAUGGCUGGAACUACCGCUUGGUCGACAUCACCGCUGCAACUUCGGCUACGAUGAUGAAGGAAAUGAUCUGUGAAGGGCUCGGGAUUCCGUACCUCCCGGGGACGCAACUGCAUCUGACCUCUCCGGGUCAGUUUGAACAUGAAGAUCCGCUUUCGGAUUCGAAACUCAUGAAGGCUCGAUCGCAAUGGGCAAAUCGGUUCGGUGACUUGAAGAUCUACCUCAGCACUCCCUCGUCGGUACCUCCCUCAGCUGGCUUGGGCGUAUCGUUUGACGUACCAGCGUUAAAGCCAAUCGAUGAACCGACUUAUGCUCGGCUGAACGCGGACUCGCAGCUCGACUCUCCUGAUGCCAAAUCGGGCGAAUCCACACUCGUCCCGGAUAAGAGUGGCGCGCUAAGGAGGCUUGCAGAACAAGAGCAGUUGACUCCAGAGGCCGUUGCCCAGCGCUUGAAUGGCGGCAGGGCGGCAGAACCAUCGUGGGCUACGGGUGAUGAUAUCCCAGAAGCGGAACGGUUGCGCCUGCUUGACGCUGCAGCGGCAGAGCAUCAGAGGGAGACGAAGCGGAAACAAGAAGCUUAUCUGGCGUCGAAGAAGAAGCAGCUGGAACGCCCUUCGCCGGAUCUUGAUACUGAUUCCUCCAAAAAUAUUGGUUACCAUAGCCCAGGCGUGAUCGAUUUCGAUAAUCGUCGAGAAUCACCGUAUGAGGAGCACCGACGGUCCUUUGGGGAUCGCCGGAAGAGCCAGCCGUUGGUACCAUUGCGGGAGCCGCCCCCCGUGCCAAAGGAAGACUCCAAUACCCUUCUCAAGGCUAACUCGCUGUCCAAGAAUAAGAAGGAUCGGACGUCAUGGCCGGAAGGCGAGGAGCCCAAGCCCAAGGGGGAUUCGGCCGACGAACCCUCCCUGCGGAAAGCCAUACCCCAAGGGCCUACCGGCCUCGGCACCAUCGCUGCAGCGAUCAUUGGCGCUGGCACCGUGGGUAGCUCCGUGGGAGCGGCGAACAAGGCGCCUCCCAAGCCUCCCCCCAAGGACAACAUCCACGGCAACUCGCCGCAGAAUGCCCGUCCGUCGCAGCGCAUUUUGCAGGAGAGUGGAUUUGGCCAAGCGUUUGCACCAGGUAGGAACAGUCCAGACGAUGUUACGCUCGACCGACCGAACCUCACGCUCCGAAUGCCUUCUGCGCCCAAUCCCACGAUCAGCAAGCUGAAGGAGGAAGAGAGAUCCAGAUCGCCCGAUCUCAGCCCUCAUUCUGCGCAUCCUCCGCAAUCAGAGCUCUCGCGAGAGCCAUCGAGGGGUUCCGUGCAUGGUCCCACAAUUGAUUUCGAGGAAACGCGAGUGUCGUUCCAUUCCAGGUCGCCCAUGGUACCCCCGACGGAUUCAGACGACGACUCUGACGAGGGUUUGUUCGCUAAGCCUCUGGCGAAGUCGGGCCCAGCCGCCGUGCAAGCUCCUCUGGAGACGCCGGGCGACCUUCGAAGUAAACGACCGUCCCUCACGCUCAAGACGUCGAGGUCCAAAAACUCGCUCGAUAAAGUGGCAGAGAGAUCCGCCGACCACAGCGCUACAAGUGAUGACAGGCCCUCGCAACCCAGCGAUUUCAACCCGGAAUCUGCGGCGUCGGCGACCUGGACGGACUCUCCCGAUGAGAAUGACCGAUUUCUGCGGAGGGAGUCAUUUGCCAGCGACCUAUGGGCGAACCGUCCACCGCCAGAGGCACUCGUGCAGCAUCUCGACGAGUUCUUUCCCAAUGUCAAUCUUGACCAGCCGGUGCUCGAAGAUGAUGCUCUCGAUGCCGAUGGAACAGCUGGAAUGGCGACUGAUCACCGUUCCAUCACUCCCAUGUCGUCUUUCGACGAGUCCCGGACGGUUGGACCGUCAGCCUUGAAGAGAGGAAAUGGCGGGUUGCAGUCCAUUGCUCAGCGGAAUAUGCGCAAAUCCGGUGCAGGGCUUGGCCGAACCAAAUCCAUUCGUGAGGUGGUCAAGUCGCAAUAUCAGCCGCUUGAAAAGAAGCCGCUUCCUUCUGGGCCAUAUAUGGGAUCGCGUGUCGUGAGUCUCCAAAAUGGCGGCGACAUUGUGAGGAGGAAGUCGACAAAGAUGUUCCAUGCCAAGAUUGAGCAGGUCAAGCCGCCCAGAGGAUCUAGGCUGAUCCAGCUGGAGACGAUUCCCCAAGACCAUCUGGCUCUGCCGCAGCGCCAGCCCACCUUCAAAUGGAUGAAGGGUCAAUUGAUCGGCAAGGGGACGUUUGGCCGUGUGUACCUGGGUAUGAACAUCACCACUGGUGAACUCAUUGCUGUCAAACAAGUCGAGGUGAACCCCAAAGCCGCCGGUUCGGACAAGGAUAAGAUGAAGGAGCUGGUUAAGAGCCUGGAUCAGGAGAUCGACACCAUGCAGCAUCUGGAUCAUCCGAACAUUGUGCAGUACCUCGGUUGCGAACGCAAGGAGUACAGCAUCUCCAUCUUCCUCGAGUACAUCAGCGGUGGGUCGGUAGGGUCCUGCCUGCGCAAACACGGAAAGUUUGAGGAAUGCGUCGUUAGCUCGCUCACCAGGCAGACCCUGAGCGGCCUCGCGUACCUACAUCGAGAAGGUAUUCUGCACCGUGACUUGAAAGCCGACAACAUCCUGCUCGAUCUCGACGGCACCUGCAAGAUUUCCGAUUUCGGCAUUUCGAAGAAGACGGACAACAUCUAUGGAAACGACAUCACGAACAGCAUGCAAGGCUCCGUGUUCUGGAUGGCCCCGGAGGUGAUUCGUGCUCAGGGCCAGGGAUACUCGGCCAAAGUCGACAUCUGGUCGCUCGGGUGCGUGGUGCUGGAGAUGUUCGCAGGGCGACGACCCUGGUCCAAGGAAGAAGCCAUCGGCGCCAUCUACAAGCUGGGCAGCCUGAAUCAAGCACCACCGAUACCCGAAGACGUCUCCCGUGUCAUUGGCGUGGAGGGCUUGAGUUUCAUGUACGAUUGCUUUACGAUUGAUCCGGCCGAGCGUCCUACGGCAGAGACGUUGCUCAGGUCUCCCUUUUGCUUCUCCGAUCCGAACUAUAAUUUCUUGGAUACCGAGUUGUACGCCAAGAUUCGGGGUGCUUUCCAGUGAGGUUCCUGAUAACCUUUACGGAGCGCCACCCUUGUUUCGGCGAGCCGAGACUCUUUGCAUCUCGCCGAUGAGCAAGCACAUUUGUUUUGCAUAUAU